CGAUCCGCAGCGGCGCUAACCGCGUCCGUGUCACCUUUUCACCGCCGUCGGUACACAUUGUUAUUGUUAUUCGACUGACUUGUAGACAGUCUGCUCUCCGGUAUCUCGCGUUGAACGUCCGUUUAUCAGACAUAAAUCAAUCUCAACGAGUGGUCCAACUUGUUUGCAAAAAGGCGAGACGAAAGUAAGUCGGUCUGUGUUUCAUUAAAUGUCGAAAGUGUCGUUGUUCCUGCGAUCGUCACUGUUGCGUCACGCGCUCCUCUCCGUGUUGUUGUUUACAGUGACAUAAUCGCGAUGUGUCAGAAAAAUAGCGUUUGAAGGAGAGGCUACCUUCGAGAUACAAAACAUAUCUUUGCCAAGCAGCCACUCGGAAAUUAAACGUCUGUGCGAUGCGCGUCUGUCACGCUACGUGGAAUACACGGACUGAUUCAGCGAUCUGUUGCACUACGUCGCAAAAAUUGUCAGGAUAAGGUGACUCGUGUGAAGCAUGCCUGGAGGCAGACGAAACGCUGUCGGUCGGACCGGCGGGCCGACUGCCAGAUCCGGUAGUGGUAACUCUGCCGCCGCCGCCGCCACCGCCAGUAAUACUAACAACGGGAGAAGCAACAGCGGGGAACGAGUGAGUGCCAAUGGCGCGGACGACAAGAGGCUCGACGAGAUUUACCGUGGACUGUCCCUGGCGCCGAAGCACAUUCCCAUACCCGCGGUACCAGUCGACGGGCAGUUGAGCUUCGAGGCACUGUCCCUGGUCGUCUCGGUCAUCGCAGCCUGCCUGCAGCUGCUUAAUCUGUACAGAACCGUGUGGUGGCUACCAAAUUCCUAUAAUGGUUACAGUAUGAACUUUUAUUUGAUAGACCCCUACCUACUUGUAUUUAUUUUCACCAUGGUGGCGCAUAGAUUCCUUUACACACUGUUACGUCAGAUCAUCGAUGUUUCAUUGCCAGUUCGAUCGGUACCCACAAAAAUAGCAAUCAGAGACAUUAUAAGGUCAUCUCUGUCAGUUGCUGUGAAGAGUGUGCUAGGCUGGUGCCUGUAUCAUAUGAUUGAGAGACAUAACUCUAUGAAAAUUUUUUAUUUAUGUUAUCCAAGUUUGUCAGUAUAUUUUGUUAUGUUUGGAAUAAGAACAGCAACAUUUUUUGAUAUAUCGUUCUCGGGUGGAAAGGAAGAACGAAAAACAAAGUAUGUAUUAGACAAACCUUUGCACAAUUGCUCAUUAAACGCAUCGGCCAUCAGAGCGGAAGUGUCCACUUUGAGAAUGGAUUUUAACAGACGAUUAAAGCGAGCUUUAUUUUCGUCUUCCGGUAGCGCGUACGUCUGCGUGGUCGCGCCUAUUAUUUUUGUACCUCCGCAUUUACAUUUCAACGUAUUGUGGGUAGUACAGCAUGUAAUCUUGUUCUGGCUCGGAAGGAUAUGCGCGUACUUUGCUCAGGCUUAUCCCUUCAGAUAUUGCGACGAGCUACACAAGGCAGCGAUGCACUUGGGCCGAUGGGUUAAAGUAGAAAAUCGCAAUAAUCACAUAUAUGCCCAACCGUGGAAUGAUGCGAUAUUGUGGCCUGACGGAUCGAUUGUGAGGCACAAUCGUGAAAUUUAUCGUUCUGAAGGUUUGUGCACAGCAGCGGAACCGGGCAAUCUAAAUCACUCGAGAUUUUAUGGUUUAUUUAACAAUCGGGUGACGCUACUAAGUCCAAUACUGGGAUUGCAAUUAUUACUGGUGAACAUACAAUUGUUUAUUCUAUUAGGCGUGACCGAAUGGUAUCAAAUACUGUCGACGAUAUUACUAUUAAUUAUACAUUAUUAUACUUUAUUCAAAAUGGCCAGAGAUUUUCUGAUAUCCUGGAAAGUCUACCGUGCUGAACAAAUAAUUCAAGAGAAGUCUCAAACAAUUGUAAUCCCAGUUGCUCAAUAAAAUGUGUGAUUUCUGCAUUUA